GCCUUGAGAGAGUCUUUGAUCCUCUUUUGCUGACCACCAGCAUUACACUUUCUAUUUUUAAGUUCAGAAUAGAAUAGUUGAUUUGGGAGAUUAUAAUCAGGUAGGUUAGGGCACAAAUAUGAUACGCUGCCAAAACAAUAGAAAGUUGAACAGCGAUGUCCCCUUAUCUGGCAUCAUUCUCCUGAUGUACAGAGGAGAAGGCCUUGAGGGGCCUGGGAAGGAAAUCCUAUGCUGAUGAGAGCGAGGGUGCUUUCAUGCUACUUGAGAGCCUGUUGGAGGCAGCAUCUGGCUGUGCUCUGUUGGAAACAGGAUUUUUGGCUUGAUUUGGCAGCAGGGCCCUUCUUAUCUGUUCUAGUAAGUGAGAACAGCAGUGGCUCUUAAUUUUCCCCAAGGAUUAGAUCAAAGACCUGAGAAUAAGAUAACCUGAACAUGUGGCUCUGAUUUUCCAUUCUUGGAUUUAAAGAAGAAAGACUACUGGGUGGGGGCAGAGUCUAUGGCCCAGUCAUGAUUAUUUAUCAAGGGAUGGGAUAACUGAAGGUCCAAACCAAUUUUGAAAGGGCUACUCUGAGCCUUCCCUGACGCAACUUGCCGGUGGACAAGUCAUCAAAGCAAGGCAGGCUGUCCUGGGACAUAAAGUGUUCUGAAACAGGGCGUGUAAGUUCUCAAAAGAUCUUUAGCCUUGGAAGGCAGAGAGUCACUCCUGUCACGGGGACCCCUGAGCACCUGGAAGAGGUUUUUGUAAAGCAUGAGGCUGAGUGAGGCACUGACUCAGCCCUUCCAGGCUCCUGCCAGCAUCCGAAAGUUCUCAAGCAGCCAAGUUUACCUGUUCAGAAGCAGGCCGUCAGAUUCGGAUGACUCCUCGUCAGAGGAGGAACUUGACGUCAUGGAAUUGCGAGCGAGGGGGAAGGAGCAACGGAGGCGCAAGGCUGCCGCAGAGAAAGUUGGGGAUGUGGUUCUGCUGGAACGCCAAGUUAGCAAAGACGACAAUCUGAACAAAUUGGCACUGCAGUAUGGAUGCAAAGUUGCAGAUAUCAAGCGGGUCAACAACUUCAUCCAGGAGCAAGACUUGUAUGCGCUAAAAUCCAUCAGGAUUCCGGUCAAGGUCAACGGCAUGUUAACAGAGACCCAGGAAGCGUUGCUGCCUGCCCAGAGAGCUGGUCUGUUGUUACCUGCUGAACCGUCUGGGUCCAAAGAGGGAGACGGCAGCUCCAAAGACACCGAGCAAAUCGAUCAGUAUUUCAGAGGGAUCGACCAGGACAUUGAGAAGGCAACUCUGCUGGAUGUCUCCCCAAGCACAGACUAUUGCAUCGAAACACCAAACCGGUCACCUUCAGGGAGGAAGGAAAUCGGUGCUGGAGCAGACUGUGGGAUCCAGUGGUGGAAUGCAGUUUUCAUUAUGCUCCUCGUAGGAAUCAUUUUGCCAGUGUUUUAUAUUGUCUAUUUUAAAACCCAACAGCUGGAAGUGACUACUACCUCCAACACAACUCUUCCUGUGAACAACACUGACGGGUCAGUGAGGGGGACACCCGUCCUCCCUGUGCUUAAAGAACCUCUGCCCACUAUCCAAACCCACAGAGGAGGAGACUUCCUUCCGUCAGGGGGAUGACUCUGUCUGUUACGCCACCCCACCCCUCAAAAAGUGGAGGGAAGUCUCUUUGCUUUGAAAUAAUGUUGUGGGAUGAGCCAACAACAGAUCAGUUGCUUCUUAGGUUGUUAGGAGCUCAACUUGGAAAUGAGAUCAAGGAAGACCAGGACAGAGCAAGACAUGGACAGUGGCUGGUCAGUCACAAAGGGAAUGGUGGGAUGGCUCACUUUUAAACAGCAAAAGGGGGUGCAAGUGAGGGUGCAGAUCCUGAACCCUCUUGUAGGUUGUGUGCUCCCCAGUACCAGUCUUCAGCCAGAUAUCAGAAGCAGACUCAGCUGGGGGAAGGGCACCUAGGGAGAAGGUUCUGCACUCCUCCCCUGUCCACCCUUUUUGCUCUAAAAAUUUUGGCCACAUUUGCACCUUACAUUCUAGUUGGGGCUUCCCCCAAGGCAUCCUGGGAGCUGUAGUUUGUUAAGGGUGCUGAGAGUUGUUAGACCACCAUGAUUCCCUUCAUGGAGCUACAAUUCUGAGAGUUCGCUGGGAGGAACCAUUGAUUGUGAAGCCAGCCUGAGAAUGGUAGCUCUGUGAGGGGAAUUGCAGGUGGUGUCUCUUACCAACUCUCAUCAUCCUUGACAAAAUUACAGCUCCCAGGUUGCUUUGGAGGCUCGUUAAAGCGGUAUGACAGCACUUUAAGGUGGAGAUGUGAUCAUAUCCCCCCCCCCCUUGUGUUAUUGGGGGCAAAUCUCAUUUUAUGCUUGCUGCCUCUUUCAAGACUCUGAGAGGUUUGGUCUUUCUGAGGAAACAGGCCUAGCCUAUCACCUGGGCUAUAUAGAUAUAUAUUUAAAUUAACUGCCGGUUUAUUAAAAGUCAUCUUGUCUUAAAUGGCAGGAGCAGCUCCAGUCUUCCUUUGCAUACAAUAAAGCUUCCUUCGCAUAUACACUUCUGCUAAAAAAGAAGAGAAGAACCUAGUCGUCAUCUCAAGCUUGGUUUACACAUACACAAAUACAUGGGAGAUACAAGGUUUAAGAUUUCUAUUUUACUUGCAUCGCCUCCUCUUUCUCUAAUGAGCUCAGGGUGGUGUUGCUGGUAAUCUUCAUCCUCUCUCCUCCCCAUACCACACACUCUCCACCGUCACUGCUUAGGGAAGGGCUGUAGCUCAGCGAUAAAGAGCCUCUGCUUUGCCUGAAGAAGGUGCCUGGUUCAUCUCUAGGUAGGGCUGGGAAAAUUUGCCUGAAGAACCACAGUCAGUCUGUGAAUAGCACUGAACAAGAUGGACCAAUUGUCUGAUGCACUAUGCCCUUUCUGACGAGGCUGUUGUAGCCACUGCUGAACUAAAUGACGGCUAUUCCUUUUAGGACAGAUGCAAAGGUUAAAGGGGAGAGCCAGUGGAUUGGAGUGGUUAGUGUGUUGGACUAGGACCUGGCAGACCAGGGUUGAAAUUCUUGCUCAGCCACGAAGUUCCCUGGGUGACCUUGGGCCAGCCACUGCCCCUCAGCCUGAGCCUACCCUACGUAAAAGGCUUGCUAUGAGAGUAAAACAGGGAGGAAGAGAAUAUAGGCCACCUUGAGAGCUAUUUGGAGAAAAGGUGGGGUAUACAAGGCAAGCAAAGAGUCGUAUGUGGGCACUCCUGCCCCAUUUUUCUCAUAGCAAGCACCAGGGCUAAGACCCCAAGCCCAGUGGGAGGGAAUCUCCUCCCUCCUGAAUACAGAUGGUGGAGACUCCUCCCAUUUUCACAUUGGCUCCUUUUGCAAGUUUGACUUCAGUGCCUUCAGCCGUAUGUUUCUACCCAUUGCUCCCAGAGGUCCUUCUGGUAAGAUGGCAAACACAAAAGGCAGAAAAGAAAAUCUAUUUUUUCAAGGCUGCCUUUCCCAAACUAGCAGGUGUGGCCAUAACCAAUGUGGAGCCCUCUAGCUGUUUGCUUAUUUAUUGUUAGAUUUAAACAUCACCUUUCCUCUAAGGAGCUCAGAGUGGCAUAAAGAGCGGUCCUGCUUUCUAUUUCAUCCUCACACCAAGAAUGGGAGGUAGGCUGGGCCUAGAGGCAGUGACUAGUGGCCCACUGCCUUCCUGGACUCAAUUCCCAUCAUUCCCAACAACUGGCUGUGCUAGCCGAGACUGAUGGGAGUUGUAGUCCCAACAAGAGAUGGAAGGACAUCAUGUUGGUUAUCCCUAAAGCAAUUCAAAAUGGCUCUCACAUUGGAAGUGUUCUCUCCCCCCCCCCCCCGGUGUAGCUACUGUAUAUUGUGUUGUUCUUUUUGUACAUGAUGCACUGGGAGAGCACUGCCCCGAAAAGCAGUUUUAUAGAUGCUUUGAAUGACUAUAACUGAGUGAACAGUAUUGUAGCCCAAAGUAGUUACCUGCCUGUUCCUGUGGCUGAUCAGGGCCUCUUCAGACCAGCAAAAGCUAUUAGCACCUACGUUUUCUUUACUUCUCUCCAUAAAGCAUUAAUUUGGGAGUGGGGCAGGACACACACACACACACACACACACACACACACACACACACACUUUAAUCACUCCCAAAGUCUUAACUCCAUGCCCAUGGAAACUGGCAAAAGCUCAUCGUAAUGGAAAACAGGCUAAAUCUGUUUCAGCUGCAGAUCUUUCAGACAGCAAAACACGACACUCCCUAAAUGUUCGGGCCAGAGCACAAAGUAUUAAUUUCCAUUCCACCUCUCUCACAGCAAACCUGACAACGCAUUUACAACAAAGAGGAAUUUGGUCCAGAACAGUAUGGCAGGGCGGAAGGUGAGGACUGUGUUCAGAAAACUCUGCAAGAAGCCCCCUUUUUAUUCUGUGAUAUCAAUCAAAUAGCUAUAAAGAAAAACAAACAAGACUUUUAAGAUAGGAAAUCCAGAGCAGUGACCUUUAAAAAUACUUGCAUGGAGUUUCUCAUGUUGGCUAGACACAUGUCAAUCCCAGCCAAGGAUCAGGCAUGACUCACCAAGCUUCUCUGUCUUGCAGUGUGUGUUGUUUUUUUAAGGGGUUCAGCAAAAGAGUCUGGACUCAGCACAGCUCCAUACAGAAAAAAGAGAAUACACGAAUGGCUGAAGAAAUCAGCUUCCUGACAAUCUCAGCUUUCAUUUUAAAAAGCUUCUAGUCUUUGUGGCAAUAAUUUAUCAUAUUAUUAUUUAUACCCCACCCAUCUGGCUGGGUUUUCCCCAGCCACUCUGGGUGGCUUACAGCAUAUAUAAAAGAUUGUACAUCAUCAGACAUUGAAAAUUAAGUGGGGGACAUAUCUAGUGGUUUAGGCUUCAGUGUCCUUGCCCUUCCAACAACUAGCAAAAAUAAAUAUUAAAAAGUUUGCAUAAUG